GUUGCCAUGGUGACGGCCUAUACACCAUCAGGGCGGGGGAACAUGGCCACUUUGGCCAGGCUGCAAGGGAGGCUGCCGGGCCAGAGGGAGGAAUAUUUCCAUCGGAACAGAGCUGUAGAUGAAUACAGAAAAGCAGAGCACAAUGCUGCUGUACGAAUCCAGAGCUGGUUUCGAGGAUGCAGAGUCCGAGCAUACAUCAGGUAUCUGAACAAAAUGAUGAUUAUUAUCCAGAAAUGGUGGAGAGGCUAUCAAGGAAGAAAACACUUUAGAAAAAUGGUGGAGACAGCAUAUUUUAUUAUGAAGAUGAAUUUCUACAAUGAAAUGGCUGUCAGGAUUCAGAAAAGAUGGCGAGGCUAUUAUAUCCGAAAAUAUAUCCAUAAUUACUAUGCACUGAAGAAAUAUCUGGAAGCUAUUUCUGUGAAUAAUGAGAUUGUCAGGAAAGAACUAGAGGAGUUUGCAGAGAUGAAGGAGAAAGAAAAGGAGAAAAAAGACCUAGAAAGAGAAGAAAAGAAAAAGGAUCACCAAGCCCGAAAGAUGCAUUACCUCCUCAGCACAGAGCAGAUGGCAGGUGUGUACAACUCACCAUUCAGACAAUCACCUGAUCCAAUGGAAGUACGGUUACAGAAGGCGAGGCCUUUUAGCCACAGACAGCAACAAAUAAAGAAGCAUCUUACUGAUGAGAUUUCUGACUGGCCAACUUGUACAAGUGCCCUAACUUUCCCUACAAUGAAGCCUCUUCCACCCAUUGGCAGACAGAAACCUCAGGGGCCCUUCCGUGAUACUGUUGAAGUGUUGCAGCAACGUUACAAGCCUUUGGAACCAACCUUGCGGGUGGCAACAUCAAUCAAUUCACUAGAGAAGGCCAGAGAGGAGAUCAAAAGAGAGGAAUGGAGAAACCGCAUAAAUGACAAUAAAUUUUUGCCAUUUUCUUCAUGUCAUAAAAACCAGGAAUAUGACCCAUUAAUUCAUACAUCAAGUAAAUAUGGCCAAGUGACUUAUGGAAUCAAACAUUUCCGAGAAGAACAUCAUGAGAAAUGGGUAGCAAACAAGGACUUCGAAACCGUGUUACCAUCCAUUGAUCUCUUUGAUAAGUUUGGACAAACAUAUUCCAAAGCCGGGCAAAUAGUGUAAACAUCUAUCUAUACUGUAUCUAUCCAGUAUAAGAACUUCUGAUAAGCUAUAAAGCUAGCAAUAAAGAUUUUUGAGAAAAUGCAAAGCAUAAUGUUGAUUAACUUUCCUCCAGGGACUGUAAAUGUUUUCCAUAAAAUGUUGUAUGCUACACCUAUAAUAAAGUAGUAUCACACUACUUGAUCUUUUAGAAAUGCAGUUUUUAAUAUCAAAAAUCUUUUUAUAGUUCUGGCAAAUGUAAUGAAUUAGGAAAACUGUCUGACUCUUUUAUAAAAUACUUCAUUUAGAGAGAGAGAGAGAGUAAUUAAUGGAAAAAUCAUGGAUAAGAUCCAGCAACUGUGUUUAUUAGAAUUAUGUAACAUGUGUUAACUACAAUAUAAAUAUUAUUUUCUCUGAAACAUGUAAACCUUGAAAUCUAACUCAUGGAAGAAUCUACAAAUGUUGAAAUUUCUCCCUUGGGGCCCGAACAACAUCUUUUACAAUCAAUGGCUCCCAGAGGAGCUGGAUUGGGCCAUUUAUACAGAUAUUACUGCUUUAAAUCCUUCAACUUUUCUGUGCUUGUUAUAACUCUGCAAAGUUAAGAAAGAAAAAGUGCAAUUCUGUAGCACUUUCACAUAUUAGCUUGUAGGCAAAUCCAUUUAUACAUAUUUACAAUAUUCUAUGUAUUGCAUUUUACUCCUGAUCCAAAAACACCUCUUGUGAUAAAAAGACGGGCACACGGGAGGAUAUUUUGCAAAACAACCACAUUAUAGAUGGUUAAGGAUGAACACAUUUUUGAUCACACAAAAUUCAUUCAGGUCACCAUAUCCCAUGUGCAUUUUCACUAGAGCGUGCCCCUGCAAAGUUCUGAGCACCGCUGGUUCCCAUUAAGUGUAAUGUGAAUCGAGAGUGCUCAAUCGCCUCCUGGGAGGAGGAGGUCAAUACCUUGCAGGACUGGGCUAUAAUUUAUUUCUUCAAAUAACAUCAGUGGAUUCUGUUUUCAUAGCACUUUUGCUGUCUGAAUGCUUGGAGAGAGACUGUAUUUUUCUCCUCAUGUAAUCUGGAAUAUUUGCAACUACGCUUCUCAACUGAAAAAAACUUUUUUAUUGAUGAUUUUUUAUAAUGUGGGUCUACUGUCGUUUCCAAAUGAGCACGCAACUCCCAUUAAUGUCUGGUGUUAUGCACACAAAGGGGUUUCUCUAUACUAGGAAUUGAACCAUUGCUGACAGAGGUUUGCAGCACCAAGUCUACCUAAACCAGUAUUGAAAAUAGUUUAUGUACUAGUAUAGACGGGGCCAAAAUAUUUCCAAUCCCAUUUCAGAAAGUCUGAGACUUGCCGGAACCAGAGGACAGGAGAAUCCUCAGAGAUGGGAGGAAAAACAUAUGCCACGUUUUAUAAAUGACUGUGGUACAAAACAAAGAGGUCAGCAUUUGAGACAAGAAAGGAGGACUGUAUUUGUGUUCUUUUGUACUUUUUAAUUUCUUAGCAAAUUCCAGCUUGUAAAAAUUUGUCUUUCUGAGUUGCCACAGGAAAUGAAUGUCCUUUAAUUCUGGUAAGUGAGAAACAGCAACCUCAGACCAGUCCCUUCUGUUAGGAUUUAAUUUCACCAAAUAAAUUGGAGUGCUUCUGCGCUUUGUGGAGGGGGCUGAGCAUGAGACACUUGCACAAAACUGUUGAUGAAUAAAGAUGCCACAGUAAUUUUUAGAUGUGAGAGCUAUCUAUUUGAUUGCUGCAGCUUCAAGAUAGUUCAUCACUUCACAGUAACUCACCCUGUGUUGCCUCUUACCUCCAUACCACAUUUUCCCAUCACUUCGAUUAGAAAUGGCAAUACCUUUAUCAGAUUAAUCUUUCUUUCUUUUAAUAUUUCUGACCCUAGGAUAAACAAAACCUACACAUACAGACCAUCAUGGCAGAUGCUAGAGUUUUCAACAGCUGACAGUUCUCAACAUAGAUUAAGGUUAAAAAGAGUACUUUCAAUUCACUCUCACUGUUUGACUCAGCUCUCUCUCUCAUUCUUUUAACCCUCAUUCGUUUAAUUUUUUUGAACACAACAGGCCACUUCCCAUAAGCCUUCUUACAUACAAAGUAUGUCUGUGGAUUUUAUUAGCGUAAGAGACAGCUCCACAAACGCAGUGAAGUAAUAACUUCAUUACCUGUCACUUCUUUCUCCAAAUGUAUUUUUGUAGAGAAGACAAUGCUCUCUUUUUCAGCAUGGGAUGAUAUAGAAUUUAGUUAAUUCAUAGCCAUGGUUAGCCCCUAAUAUACUGUGCUGACACUCCAGGUUCCAAGGUUCAAUUUCUGAAUCCUUUCUCUCACUUCUCAUGGAAGCGUAGUAUUCUGCUGAAUAGUUAAAAUGUCCUGUUAACUUUGAUAGUGAAUAUGCUUCUUUUUUCCCUUGUCUAGAAAAAUGAUAAGUACAUAUUGGUACCUUACCUUGGGGAUGGAGUUCAAUCAGAGAAAAGGUCCAGGAACUCUGCAGGAUCUCUUUUAGAGAUGUGCAGGUGAAGUUAGGCUAAAAAAAAUUGAUUUCACACAAGUAUUCCAAUGACUGCUCUAC